UAAAAUAUGAUCAAACAUAGGCCCAAAACCCCCAAAGCUACAAUUAGGAAUUGAUCCAUUAAUAAUUUUACUAUUUUUCAAUUAGGAAAGUACAAGAACCUCUUCAUCUUCUCCACCCAACCUUUUUAUCUCCUUUCUUCUCCCCCAACCUCUUCAAUAUCCGUUUGUAAUGUGUUUUUUCCUUUAUCUUUGAAGAACACAAUCUGAUCCAUUCGAGAAGUUUUCCACCGGUGGUGUAGAGUUGCUUCAGAUCCAAUUUCAAAGGUCGAGAUCUUUGCAUGUCAGCUCAAAUCAUAUAUCUUUGAUGUCUUCAUCGUCUCUCCUGCUCCGGUCAGAUUUUCUAGCAGUAGUAUCACAGCUGAGGGAGACAAAAAAGUUCCAAUGUGUUGCUCUUAAUCAAUUCCUGUGAUUUUUGAAAUGGAUUCUCUGGCGGUUCAAUUAUUUUUUAGGAUGGUCAACAAAAAUUACAUGACCCAAGGUUUUGAGUUUCAGCUGAAGGAGGUGCAAGUAUUAGUCCAAUAUAUGAAGACAGAGAUAAAUACUACAAGAAAAUUCAUCACGCACUUCUCCACUUCCUAAGUUUCUGGGUUAAUAGUAGCACUACUUCCUUCAAUUCUUCAUAUUCGCCCACCCAAUAGAAUUACAGAAAGAAGAAAAUGGAGAAAGAAACCAUCUUUUGGCGCUUAACUUUUUUAGGUUUUUGGCUCCAAAAGAAUUUCAGGAUAACCACUAUAUAUAUGAGAAAACAAACGGAAAAGGUUUUAUCUUUGCAAAGUGAAGCAGAAUUCCUGAACCUGAACAAGAAGACGAGAAUUUUGCAAAUCAAUGGCACCAGGUGGACGUGUCUUUAAGCAAACUACACUUACGGGGGAAACUAUUCAAGAUACUCAAUCACUGGAUGAAUCAAAUAACCCUACUCCUGCUGUUAAUACAGAUGAUUCCACUAGAAUCAGGAAAGGUCGUGGCAAGACUAGAGGGAAAGGUCUUACGAAAAUGAAGAAGUCUAUGGGAGGCAAGAUGAAAAUAGAGAUCCCAGUUGGUAAAGGAAGGCCAACUAAACCAACUCAAUCGGCAAAACUGUCCAAUGAGUUAGGAAUAAUCGCUUGAAAUUUUCUUCCACUUCCAAAUAAGUGGAAGGAACUCACAAGAGAGGACAAAGAUGCAGCACUUAUUAGAUGCCACGAGAGGUUUGAGAUUAAUUUAGACGAGCAUUACGUGAAAGAUAGCUGUGAGGAUAUUCUGAAAAAUAGAAGCCGUCAAUGGUGCUACAAGUUAAAACAACUAUUUGAAAGUGCACGCUCCGAGGAAGAAGCUAGUAAAAUUGAAGUGCCAGAGUUGACCCCUGAAAAUUGGAAUAGGCUUUGUGACAUGUGGAUCAAUACAGAGCAUAAGGGUGAAACUAAACCUGAAGGAGUGGAGCCUGACAGAAUCGAGUUCUAUAAGCAUACUUAAUACACUAACGAAAAAGGAUGGUCGUCUCAAGAGACUGAGACUCACUAUAACAGCAUGAAAGAUUUGAAAGAUCUGUACAGUUUAGGAGAGUCUUCCAUGACUAUUGAUGAAAUUGUGGAUACUGUACUUGGUACAAAAUCGGGGUACAUAAAAGGCCUCGGUUAUGGUCCAAAAUCUAAUACUACAAGAGCUACACAAAGGAGGACAGCAGAGUUAGAAGACUCUCAAAAAGGCAAAAGAGGAAGCUGCUGCUAUCCAACAUAAUUUAUAGAAACGAUUAAAUGCAGCUGAAACUGUGGUAGAAAAUCAGCAGUCUCAGAUAGAAGAUCAACAGUGUCAAAUACAAGACCAACAAUCUCAGAUUCAAGCAUUAAAUUCUCAAUUGGACACUCUAGUGGCACGCCAGGAGGAAAUGUUUAAGAAAAUGCAACUUUUUGUUGACUCAUCGCCAUCAAGUGGACAUUGAGCUCCAUCAGAAUGUCAACUUUAGGUAUAAAAGGUGAAAAAUAGAACCAAGUUUUGAGGCCACAAGAAUGUAGAGAUUUUUUAAGGUAUAAUACAUAAACGUAUCCUUUAACUUGACCUCAAUUGAUAUUUGUGACCUCCAACUUUGAGUUUGCUCAGAUGUCGCAAUGAAGGUGCACAAUGCUAUCUCUAAUUAGAUAGUUCUGAAAUAGAAAUUUCUUUUGUGGAAGGCGAGUUACUCGACUCUCUUAACGUGAAUUCUAAUUCCAGUGAAGUGUCAAAAACACACUUAAACUAAUGAGUGAUAGUUCAGAUAUGAAACUCACACUCCCAAUAGAAACACACCUAAGCUAUUUUCUUUUUUUUGAGUUUCAUGCCUAAACUAUUGGGAGUGUGAGUUUCAUAUCUGAACUAUCACUUAUUAGUUUGGGUGUGUUUUUGACACUUCACUUCUCUUCUAAUUAAUCUAGCUAAUGGGCUUCUCAUACCGAAAUGGUUAUGUACGCCCCAACAAAAAAAAGUGCUGAUCCUUUAGAUCAAAAUAACUUGUUGGCCUGAAGAUGUGAUUUCAAGUUGUUUUAGUCUACAAAUACAUUUACAAAGUGAAAAGAACAAGCUCGAUCGUGCCGAUAAGCUACCUCAUGAUAGAGGGAUUGGGCGGAGAUAUAAUUGCUUUGUUCCCAUUUGUCAAUAAGGACGCACUAUAACUGCUGAAGUCAUGCUGUUGGACUUUAGCCCUCGCAUUCAAUCAAUAUUAUUACUUUCCUCCGUUUCAAAAUAAGUGAUAUUUUUAUCUUUUUAUUUUAUUUCAAAAUAAGUGGGUGUUUCAUAUAAUUAAAAAGACAUGAAUGAUGUUCUUUCCAUUGAAAAGUUUAAAAAUAUAUCAUUAUGUUUUAAACAAAGUAAUUAAUAAAAGGAGGUGGUUUUUUUUUAGUGUAAUAAUGAAGUCUCAGGUGCAUACCUGAAAUUUGCUUGUCUUCCAGGUCCAAUGGACAGAGUUUAAAGAGGAAUAUUCGUACUAGAGUGAGUGAAUUCCAACCAACCCUUUAAAAGGUGACAAAUCUCCGUAUGACUAUAAAAUAACUUCAAAUUCAUAAUGCAAUCUUCGCUAAGCAUUUCACUUCAUUAGCACUGAGUUGUGAUCGUCCAUUUUCAUAAAGUGGACUGAAUUAAUUCAUAAUGGGAUAAAAGACAUCAUUAUGUCUUUUUUAUCUUUUCUAUAAAAAGGUGUUGUAUGCAUUAGACAACAAUAUCUCAAAUUAAUCAAUCACAACCUAAAGUCAAUCUCAUGGCACUGGUAGAUGCAAGAGAUGGUGAUUACACAGUGAGUUUCAUCAGAAAAUCUGUAGUAAAAGCUACUGGUCCAAUUCCAGAGCCCUAUGUUCUAACCCUUUCAAACCUCGACCUCCUCUCUGGACGCUUUCCAGUGACUUACUUUUACAUGUACCACAAAGCGAAACAUAACGACUCAUCAGCUUCCAUCGCCCAUGAGUUGAGAAAAUCUCUUGCUAAUUGCCUCUCACAUUUCCACCCAUUUGCUGGUCGAAUUAUUCCAAAUCCAGACACGAAUGAGCCUGAAAUUGUAUGUGAUAAUACUGGUGCUCUGUUUCUGGAAGCACAAGCCAGCAAUUCUCUAAAAGAACUUCACUUGUAUAAUCUCAACAAGUGUAUGGAGGGAAAAUUAGUUCCAACAAAUCAGGAGUUUCCAGUACAAGUUCAACUCACAAAUUACAAAUGUGGAGGCAUAUUUAUAACAUUCACAUUUGACCAUGCUUUAGGUGAUGCUAGUUCCUUCAGUAAGUUUCUACUGAUGUGGUCCCAGAUAGCGAGGAAAAAAUCCCUUUCUUUCUUGCCGGAUCAUAGGCGAAAUCUUCUUCGUGCACGAAAUCCACCAAUUUACAACCCUUCCUUUGACGAAUCGUUUGUUUCAUGCUCCCUGCAUGAUAUACACAAUAUAUCGACUCCAAAAACUCUGCUUAAGCGUCUAUACUACAUUGAUGCAUCCAGCAUCGAUAGGCUACAAAAAAUCACAUCAAUUGAUGGUACCAAAAGGACUAAAAUCGAGGCAUUUUCAGCUUAUAUCUGGAAGAUUAUGGUCAAAGCAAUUGAUAAAGGCCACAAGAAGUGCAAAAUGGGAUGGUUAGUGGAUGGAAGAACAAGGAUAUGCAAUUACAAUGAAAAAGUAACCGAGAACUAUAUCGGGAAUGCUUUAUCUAUAGCUGUUGGAGAAGCAAGUGUGAAUGAAAUUGAUCAAGCGUCCAUAUCAGAUGUCGCAAUGAAGGUGCACAAUGCUAUCUCUAAAGUGACUAGUGCAGAACAUUUCUUGGAUUUAAUUGAUUGGAUUGAAUGUCACAAGCCUGGAUUGAUGCUCUCGAAGAUUGUUCUUGGACAAGGUGGUCCGGCUAUUGUAGUUUCAUCUGGACGGAGAUUCCCGGUGGCUGAAGUAAAUUUUGGCUUCGGAAGUCCAGUUCUAGGAACGGUCUACUCCACCAUUAAAAAGCUUGGAGUUGGUUACAUCAACCAAAGGCAAAGUGCAAAGGGUGAUGGAUCUUGGACUGUCUCAGCUAUAUUGUGGCCUGACAUGAUUGAAGCAUUAGAAUCAGAUUUCAACCAUGUUUUUCAACCUAUGACUUCAAAUCAUCUUAAACUUUAGCUACUCCUCUGGUGUUAUUCAAAGAGGAAACUGUUGGUCAUAUACAAUUUAAAAGGUGAAUAAAAGAUAUGAGAACAGUGCAGUCAUCUCUUGAUAAGGUCAACAAUUAUAUGUUUGGUGACUUAUUUAUAGGUAAAUUCAAUAGGUGGUCAUGUAACU